AUGGCCCCCGCCUCGCUGGAGGAGCUCCAUUGCGCGGCGGCGCUCGAGAAGCCGCCGCCGGCGGAGGGCGACGAGCUCUGGCGCUGGCUCCGGCGGCACGCGGGGCCGGCCGCGGAGGGCGAGCUCCGCUGGCUCCGGCGCUGCGUGGGGGCGGCGGGCAAGGGCUUCGCCAUCGGCGCCGGCCUCAAGGGCGGCCUCGCGCUCUUCUCCGUCCUCGUCCGCCUCCGCAGCCGCCGCCGCUCCCCUACUAGAUCGAGGAAGGCGGGAGCGAUGACCAACGAGGAGGCCGUCGUGCUGGCGCUCAAGGAGACGCUCAGGUACGGCAUGUUCCUCGGGACCUUCGCCGGCUCCUACGUCUCCGUCGACGAGUGCAUCGCCGCCCUCUGGGGCCGCAAGAGAACAGCAAGGUGGAGGUCAUUACUAUCUGGGUUAAUUGCUGGUCCUUCGAUGCUCCUCACGGGGCCAGGCACACAGCAUACUAGUUUGGCAAUAUACAUCCUCAUGCGUGCUGCUGUACUCGCAGCCCGCUGUGGAAUAAAGAGCAGAAGAUUUGGAAAGAUUUGCAAACCUUUGACCUGGUCACAUGGUGAUGUCUUCCUUAUGUGCCUUUCAUCUGCACAAAUUUUAUCUGCAUACCUUCUAGCGCAGGACAGUUUGCCGUCAUCAUAUAAAUCAUUUCUAAACAAGCAUGGCGGAAAGGAUCAUUCUAUUCUGCAAGGCUUGAAGGAAGUAGUCCAGCACACUGCUUUCUCUAACCUAGCGGGUAUUGAGAAGUACUACAAAUCUGUUGGUGUUGACAUAAAACUAGAUCCAAACAUGGAAGUUCCUUGCUCAAUUGUGCAUGGUAAUCAGUCAUGUACAGGUCAUUUUAUUUCAUUCUUGUUACAAGCAUAUGGAAGAGCAGUUCCUGUCUAUAUUCCAGUCUACCUAGUUCCCGCACUUGUAGUUCAUCGGCAGGAUCUCAUGAAAAGGCCUUACACAAUAAUGGGGAAGAGUCUUCUAGGAACAGCGAGAUCUAGCUUAUUCCUCUCAAUGUACUGCGCAUCUGCAUGGGCUUGGACAUGCUUCCUUUUUAGAACCUUCGAGAAGUGCAAUACUCCACUCGUUGUACUUGGCACGUUCCCGGCAGGCCUGGCAUUGUUUAUCGAGAAAAAAAGCAGGAGAACUGAGAUAUCUCUGUACUGCCUUGCCAGAGCCAUCGAGAGUUUCUUCACAUGCAUGACCGAUGCUGGACUCUGCCCUCCGAUACUGCAGAUCAAGCGAGCCGAUGUAGUGGUAUUCAGCAUGGCUACCUCGAUUAUUAUGCACUGCUAUGCCCAGGAAAGAGAGGUCUUCCGGUCCAAGUACCUGAAUGUCCUUGACUGGGUAUUCGGUGUGCCGCUUCCGUCGGACGACGACGAAAACAAGAAACAUUCAGCAUCCAUCGAUGGAAUCAAGAAAGGGAUAUUCUCCAUUGGAUGAUGGACUGAUAUGUAUCAAGUAAUGUUCAAGUAGCUCGCUGGUCGAUAGAAGAAAUUCUCUAGGUGUUCCAGUGGUGUUGUAAUCUUAGUGCAAAAGUAGAUAGGCACAUUAGGUGGGUCUUCUACCUUACAAUGAGCCUUGUACAGGAGGCUCUUCCCAAAUCCCACAAGCAGAAUUUAGUGGGUGUAACAAAUCAUAGAUUUAUUCAAUUGAUUUAUUGGAACCAUUGCCCUGGUUCAGGACAUAUGUACUGUAAAGUUUGAUCUUAUGUGGUAUUGUACUUCUUGAGAAUGGAACCUAAUUAUUCA